AAGAUGGUGUAAAUCAAUAUCAUGAUAUUCCGUUUUUGCCAUAAUUUCUUAAAUUUAUUAAUUCUGCGUCCGACUUGUAGAAGCGGGAUAUUGUAAUUCAGACUUUCAAUUGUAAGAAAAUUAUCGUGAAAAGGGGAAAAUAAAACCCUUACGGGGUUAUUGCCAUCGAAGACUCGAUUUUGUAGUCUGUGCUCUAGAUUCCUCGGGAAGUGAGGAGUGCGUGGACUCCCUCCCACGGAAGACGACGACGACGAAGAUGGAUUGGACACUAACUCGUAAUCGUAGUAGCUCUGCUACUACCUCUAUUCUCAUUAUCUGUGGUCUUCUACUGAUUCUACCAUUUAGUACUUUUGGAUCACCGUCUGGAACUGGUAGAACAGGAAGGUCAUCGGUGUUUUCUUUGUUUAAUCUUAAAGAAAGGAGUAGGUUUUGGAGUGAGGCUGUUAUACGUGGUGAUUUUGAUGAUUUGGGAUCUUCCAGCCAUGGGAAAAUAAGUGCUUUCAAUUACACCAAGGCAGGUAAUAUUGCAAAUUAUCUAGAGCUUAUGGAAGUAGAAUCCAUGUAUCUUCCAGUCCCAGUCAAUUUCAUUUUUAUAGGAUUUGAAGGAAAAGGGAACCAAGAGUUCAAGCUUCAUCCUGAAGAACUGGAGCGAUGGUUCACAAAAAUUGAUCACAUCUUUGAGCAUACACGAGUUCCACAAAUUGGAGAAGUUCUAAGCCCAUUUUAUAAAAUUAGUAUGGAUAAGGAGCAACAUCACCAUCUUCCCAUUGUUAGUCACAUAAAUUACAAUUUUUCUGUUCACGCCAUACAAAUGGGAGAAAAAGUUACGUCAGUGUUUGAGCGUGCAAUCAACGUUUUAGCCUGCAAAGAUGAUCUGUCUUCUAAUAGGACAAUCUUUCUAUCACCAAAUGUUUUAUUAGUGAAAGAAUUGACAUGGUUACUUGAGGAACCAGCUAGGGAAAAGAACAAGACCCAGAAAAUCGGAACUGACAGAGGGAGAACUUUCUCUUGUUAUACACUCUCAUCAGAAAUAUUUUGCAGGAGAGGUUUGUCUGAGUCGGAAAUAAGUUUUCUCAAGGAGAAUAAGGACUUGCGAAGCAAAAUUCUUCAGGGGGGGGCAGGUCAAGAAGGUGUCCUUGCUUUUGAUAAGAUCAGAAGGCCAUUAUAUCAGAAGCAUCCAAUGGCAAAAUUUGCCUGGACGAUCACUGAGGAUACAGAUACGGCGGAGUGGUACAGUGCUUGCAUGGAUGUUCUGACAAAUGUUGAGAAGGUAUUUCAAGGUAAAACAGGUGCUGAUAUCAUUCAGAGCAAAGUUUUACAGUUGCUGAAAGGGAAGAAUGAAGACAUGAGGCUUAUCAUUGAAAAGGAACUAAAGUCUGGGGACUUGAGCAAUCUUCAUGCGGACUGUCUUACAGAUACCUGGAUUGGAAAAGACAGGUGGGCAUUUAUUGAUUUAACUGCAGGGCCUUUCUCAUGGGGCCCUGCUGUUGGUGGAGAAGGAGUUCGCACAGAAAUAAGCUUGCCAAAUGUGAACAAGACUAUUGGUGCUGUUGCAGAAAUAUCAGAAGAUGAAGCAGAAGACCAUCUGCAGGAUGCAAUUCAGGAAAAGUUUGCUGUAUUUGGAGAUAAAGAUCAUCAGGCUAUUGACAUUCUUUUAGCAGAAAUUGACGUAUACGAGCUUUUUGCUUUCAAACACUGCAAGGGAAGGAAAGUAAAGCUUGCUCUUUGUGAAGAGCUUGAUGAGAGAAUGCAGGAUUUGAGAAAUGAGCUCCAGUCUUUUGAAGGCGAAGAAUAUGAUGAGAAUCAUAAGAAAAAGGCCAUUGAGGCACUAAGACGAAUGGAGAAUUGGAAUCUGUUUAGUGAUAAUUAUGAGGAGUUUCAAAAUUAUACUGUUGCACGGGAUACUUUUCUUGCACAUUUGGGUGCAACGCUGUGGGCAUCCAUGAGACAUAUCGUAUCACCUUCAGUUGCUGAUGGUGCAUUUCACUAUUACGAGAAAAUAUCAUUUCAGUUGUUCUUUAUCACGCAGGAGAAAGUUGGACAUGUUAAACAGUUGCCUGUUGAUCUCAAAGCUCUUAUGGAUGGGCUAUCUUCAUUGUUGUUGCCUUCACAGAAACCUGCAUUUAGCCCGCACAUGCUACCACUAUCAGAGGAUCCUGCUUUGGCAAUGGCCUUCUCGGUCGCACGGCGAGCAGCAGCUGUCCCGUUAUUGCUUGUUAAUGGAACCUAUAGGAAAACAAUUCGUUCCUACCUUGAUUCCUCUAUCCUUCAGUAUCAGUUACAGAGGUUGAACGAUCAUACCACUCUCAAAGGAGCUCAUGCCCACAGCAGGUCCACACUAGAAGUUCCAAUCUUUUGGUUCAUUCAUGGGGAGCCUUUAUUAGUUGAUAAGCAUUAUCAGGCAAAGGCGCUUUCAGACAUGGUUAUUGUUGUUCAGUCGGAGGCGUCAUCCUGGGAAAGCCAUCAACAUUGCAAUGGAAAAUCACUUUUGUGGGAUUUAAGGAGGCCGAUAAAAGCUGCAUUGGCUGCUGUUUCUGAGCAUAUGGCUGGCUUGCUUCCCCUUCAUCUCAUCUACAGUCAAGCCCAUGAAACUGCUAUUGAGGAUUGGAUAUGGUCUGUGGGCUGCAACCCUUUUGCUAUUACUUCUCAAGGUUGGCACAUAUCACAAUUUCAGUUGGAUACAAUUGCUCGGAGCUAUAUUAUCACUACUCUUGAGGAAUCAAUUCAAAAGGUCAAUUCAGCUAUUCAUGAUCUACUUAUGGAGCGAACAACUGCAAAAACCUUUAAGCUCUUCCACUCCCGGGAGCAUGAGCUUGUGAACAAGUAUAAAUAUGUUGUGAGCCUGUGGAGAAGAAUUGCAAGUGUUGCUGGGGAGUUGCGUUAUGUGGAUGCCAUGAGACUGCUGUUUACUUUAGAGGAUGCAUCCAAAGUGUUUGUAGAUGAAGUGAAUGCAACCAUCUCUCUUCUCCACCCCAUUCACUGCAUGAAAGAGAGGAAAGUCCAUUUAGUGUUUGAUGUGACAACUAUUCCCGCUUUCCUGAUUGUUUUAGGAGUUCUUUUUCUGGUAUUGAAGCCAAGACGACCAAAGCCUAAGAUAAAUUGAAGGUUAAACCUAAACCUGAGUAAGGUCUGAUUUGGACUGGAAUGCAGUGUAGUGCCAUUAACGAUAUUGUGGAGAUAUCCCUCAGGGGAAUUGAGUGAACAUUGUCCCCUCUGCACCCCGAAUCAUAUAGCUUUUUCCUGUCUAUACUUUUACUUUCUUUUGUUGUCAAAGCAUACUUUCCUUUAGUGUAUGUCCAAGCUAACCAAGCGGAAAUAUACAUUGAUUGUAGAUAAAGUAGGAAGAACUGUGAAAUGGCAACUUGCCCAAAAUAUAUUUGAGAUUAGUAGUUUGGUGUAUUGUAAACACUUAAUCCUGUUCAUUUUUAUUGGAAGAACAGAAAUGAUCCUUAUCAAUGA